UAAAUAUUUGUUCAUACUUCCUACUGUUUUGUUCUGUUGACAGUAUAUGUAUUGUAUAACGACAGACUAUACAGGACAGGUUCUAUGUCAGACGACACCAUCGUCUGUUGUGACGCACUUUCAAACCACAAAUCCCGCCCUCUGCUGUGUUUGAAGGUUUCUACCAGAAACGAAAAGUGCUAGGCCUAGUCCCCGAGGAUGGCUCUCGUGAAAAGUGGAUGGCUUCAUAGACAAAGCACCAUCUUGCGACGAUGGAAAAAGAAUUGGUUUGAUCUUUGGUCGGAUGGAAGGCUUGUGUUCUAUGAUGAUCAGCAGCGGCGCGACAUGGAGGAUGAGAUACACAUGAGAAUCGACUGCAUAAACAUCCGCAACACCAAUGCAUGUCGAGGUGGGGAGACUCAUUCAGAACUCACCCCACCUGAGGGCAAGGGUCGUGAUUCCCUUCUGCAAAUCGUCUGCAGAGACGGGCGGGUCAUCAGCAUCUGUGCAGACAGCUCCGAUGAUGCUCUGGCAUGGACAAUGGCUCUCCAGGAUGCUAGAGUUAAUACGGUUGUGGCUACACCACAUAUUGGCUAUGCCGAGGAGGUUGUUGCCACGGCUCCUCCACCAUACUCAGAGUGUGCCCCAACCUCUCAGGGUUACUGUCCAGACCAAUAUGGAGGCUAUGCCCCUCAGCCCCCACAUGGCACACAAAUGGUUUAUUCCGCUGAUGGUCAAUACUACACUGUUGCUUACCCUUACCAGUACCAAGGAGCAUAUCCUCCUCCUGGAGUCAACCAUGUCAUUGUCCAAGAGCGUCGCCGUGAAGAUGCAGGUGAUGUAGCACUGGGCAUGCUUGCUGGUGCUGCAACUGGAUUGGCUCUCGGAUCCCUCUUCUCUGUGUUCUAAUAUGGUCCCAACAGCAUCCAACCUCCAACUUUUUUUUACCCCACAGGUGACGCACUGUUCAGGCAGCUGUCCUAGUGAAGGUUGAACUGCAGUACCACUGCAAUAAAAUAGUUAUUAUCCAUGUGUUAGUUGGGCUUUGAAGUGUAUCUGUUUUAACUAACCUCCCUGUCUUUGUACCAAAGAUCUAUUAUCCCCUGUACCUCACAUUAUGUCAGGCUACUUAGAAAUUACCUAUGAGAAUAACUAAUGUAAACCACAGAAUAACAACAACUGAUAUGUGAUGAAUAUAAUAAUGAAGGGAACGAUAUUUGUUUAGAUUAAUUUAUUAAUGACUAUUCAUUUUUAUAAGUGGUAGAUAGGUUGUUUAAGUGCUUUUUCAUCAAAGCCUACUUGGAGUCACCAUGAUGGAAUCAAUGUUCCAGAUAAGUGAAAUAUCCUUGCAUAUAAUAUGGCUAGAUAUUGAGUACUUUGAUCACUUGUUUGUCUAAUAUGUAAGUAUGGGUGCCUUGGUCUAUUGCAGAUGUAGGUAGCCCUGUUCUGAUGAGUAUGGCUUUGCACCUUCCUUAACCUUUGCACCUUCCUUAACCUUUGCACCUUACUUAACCUUUGCACACCCAAGCCGACCCUCCUUGAGUUUCAACUUCAGUAUGUUUCAUCUUUUCUAAUCUGGUUUUAGUCAGCUUUUAUGUUUACUGUUACUAAUGCUUUGUUGAUUAUUUUGUUUCUUUGCUGUACAGUAUGCUUUACACUCCCUAAGUUCAAGAAUUUGAGUCUUAAAGGCCAUUAUCCAUAUAUAUAUAUAUAUAUAUAUAUAUAUAUAUAUGUGUUAUAUCAUAUAUCCAAGGGUUGGCAUUUGUCUGAACAUUUCACCACCUUGUGUCUUCUCAAAAUAUGUUUCAUUAUUUAUUGUCUCAAAUAUUUACAAACAGGAAAAUGUUUUGUCCAGGUGUUAAGAUGCACAAAUAUGAAGGGUUAUUCGGGAACGCGUUCUUCUUAUACUUAUGCUUCAUACUAGCCUCAGGGCACCCAGCCAUUAGAAAUGAUGGGUCAGGAAUAACUACAUUCACAUCGCCAUGCACUUUCACAAAUCAGUACCAUUACUGAUGUUAUUUAUUGGCUAAGUGCUUUUCACAUAAUGUGCUGUCUCAAUGUGUUAUCUUUAAAAUGAGAGACUGACUAUGUUUGAAUACUUUUUUUUUUACCAAAGAGAUGAAGGGUAAGAAGAACACCAAGACUGGAGGUUCAUUACUUUGUUUUGCUUAUAUGUUAUAUCUUCUGAGCAGCAUUUCUGAUGAUUCUAUUUAGGAUGGUUAAAUAUACGACAUUAAUUAGAAUUAAGUCAAAGGUAUUGCAUUUCAACUCAAUAAUGUAUUGUAAUUUUACUCAAAGUUAACAUUAAAAUAAAACAAUUACAUCUAUAAAAACAGUAUGGAGAACUUUUA